AUGCAAGCACCAACAAGCAUGACUCUACCAACCGCCCCAGGCAUCAACUUCCACAGACAUGAAAUCCCUGCUUGGUUGCAAACACGGUACAUCGAGACAGGAUACCGAGCCAACCUAAACUUUUUGCAAUGCUUCACGAGUAUCUUCUCGGUGCACAACGAAGUUGUGGCGAUCUGGACACACCUAUUGCCGGCUCUAGUCUUUGGCGGCUUGACAGCCUCCUUUUUCUUUUCCAAUCACCGACACAGUGCAUUGUUCGCUCAAACGAGCUUUUCCUUUACGCUCGUGUUUACGGCGUCUGCCUUUAUGCACACAUUCAACCCCAUCAAUGAAGAGUGGCACUUGUGGACUCUUGGACUCGACUGGGCAGCCAUUGCCUUUGUCAUCUACGGAGUGGGCCAUUCACUCUCCUCACUGGUGUACUAUCAUGACCCCAGGCGUCAGGAUAUGUGGAAGCUUGCAUUUGCCGUUCCUUGCUCUGCCUUUGCAAGCAUUGCUUCCUGGGGUGGCUUCCACUAUCUGCCGCAGGUGACCAAGAUCUCACUGGUCUUGCUCCCGAGUUUGGCCAUUCUUGCCUUCGGCUUUGAUCUGUGUCAUCGACUGCCAUCCCAUGAACUCCAAAUUGUCAAGGAUGUCAUGCGAGUGCCACUUCUCUUGACCAUUUCGGGCAUCCUUGUCUAUGGCGCACAGUUCCCAGAGCGACAAUUCCAAGAUAUCAACUUCGACAUGACGCGGGGUCAUCACUUGUACCACCACGUUUGGAGCUCUGCCUUUGCAUUCAUCUAUUUGAGAAACACUUGGAAGUGGGCUCAGAAGAUUGGCAUCAAGCACUACUAA